GCUCCAUACUGCUGCAUUAUUACUGCCUCCCUCUGUUCAGGCUCCUCCAGUCCCUCAAUCUCUCUCCUCUCUUAUAUUUCUCUUUUUCCCUGAGAAAGCAAAAGCCGAGAUCGAUGGGUCGGCUUGCACCAUUAUCAGAGGAGCCCAUCAACGGAGAAGAAGACAGCACGAACAGCUCAAAGAAAGGACGAGGUCUGGCAUGGAGGAACUGGAUCAAGACUCACCUCUCCCUCGUCUUCAACAAGAAAUCCGACCUCAGGAUCCUCCUCAGCGUUCUUGGUUGUCCUCUCUUCCCCGUCCCACUCCACCCCAAACAAUCAAUCGUCAACGAGGUCUCCUCCUCGGCCCAAUAUAUCAUACAACACUUCACGGCGGCGACGGGCUGUCGGAAAUUAGAAGGCAUGGUGAAGAGCAUUUUCGCCACGGGAAAAGUGACCAUGGCCAUGUUGGAUGAGCUGGGCUCUGGCGGCUCGGCUGCCGGAGCAAACGGAGUUUCUCAAAAAGGGUGCUUUGUAAUGUGGCAGAUGGUCCCCAAUAAGUGGCUAAUUGAGCUAGUGGUGGGCGGUCACAAGGUUGUAGCCGGUAGUGAUGGCAGUGUGGCCUGGCGUCACACGCCGUGGCUCGGCGCUCAUACCGCCAGAGGCGGUGUUCGUCCUCUCCGACGAGCUCUCCAGGGAUUAGAUCCUCUGGCAAUAGCAGCCGUAUUUUCGUCGGCCCAGCACUUGGGAGAAAAACGAAUCUCAGGUGUCGAUUGUUUUGCUUUGAAAUUGUCAGCGGACCAGACGGACCUGGCGGAACGCGGGGACAAAACGGCAGAGAUGAUAAAGCACGUUUUAUACGGCUACUUCAGCCAAAGGAGCGGGCUCCUCGUUUAUUUGGAGGACUCUUACUUGACCAGGAUCCAAUCCCCUGGGGCCCAGCCCAUUUACUGGGAGACCACCAUGUCCACGAGAAUCGAGGACUAUCGGACGGUGGAGGGCGUGAUGAUCGCCCACGCUGGCCAUUCGAGCGUGAUCAUCACACGGUUCGGAGACAACCUGAAGGCGGGCCCCACGGUCACACGGAUGGAGGAGACGUGGGCCAUCGACGAUCUUGCGUUCAAUGUCCCUGGCCUCUCCAUCGAUUGCUUUAUUCCUCCUACCGAAGUACAGAGGGAUUAUCCGGAAGAUGAUCUAGUUUGGGGAUCAUCCUUCAAUCGAUGAUCGUGGUUUCUUGAUCGAGCGGUGCUAAUUCAACAAUGUUUUUUUUUUAUUAUUUCGUUGACUCGGACCACAUGUUGACCCUCUCUCUCUCUCUCUCUCUCUGUGUGUGUAUAUAUAUUAUGUGGAUCCAAUUUAUAUUUGGGUAAUUAUUCAUUGUUUCCUAAAUAAUGUUUUGUAGACAACCCAUAAAUGUGACUUCACCAAUACAUUAAAAUUAGUGGUUGGCUAUA